AUGUCAAGUCCUUGCUCUUUUAGAGAGCUCUGCCGGAAAGAGUCAUUCACCGGACCCACUUCUGGAAUUCUUCCAGGCUAUGUGCAAGCCAACCUUCUAAUAGUGCCUCGCUCGGUGGCUAGCGAUUUCGAAGAUCUUUGUUUACGCAAUCCCGUUGCAUGUCCUCUGUUGACGAAAACUGCUGGCAGCGCCCAUGUUGUGGAAAAUCAUGCGAAAUUCAUUAGUGACAGUUUCUUUGAUAUUCGUCGAGAUUUCCCAAAAUACAAUAUAUACCUUGGUGGUAAACUAUACCAGCAAAAAUCGAAUUGCAUGGAUGAAUGGUCCGACGAUCAUGUGGGUUUUUUGAUUGGAUGCUCUUUCUCAUUCGAAGACGCUUUGGUGAGGGCUGGCUUAGUUCCCGCAAAUGUAACUCAAGGACGCAACGUUUCAAUGUUUGUGACAACGAAAUUCCUCGACUCUGCGGGGAUAUUUCAUAAGUGUCCAUACGUGGUCAGCAUGAGGCCCUAUAAACCAUCCGAGGUUGAUAAGGUAAGAAGUGUCACGAGAGCCUUCAAAAGAACACAUGGAGAACCUAUUGACUGGGGUUUUGACGGCGCAGAGAGGUUAGGAAUUGAAGAUUUACAGAAGCCUGAUUAUGGUGACCCUGUGGAAAUGACCGAUGAUGAAAUACCUGUAUUUUGGGCCUGUGGCGUAACCCCUCAACUCGCGAUUACCACUGUGGGGCCCUUAAUUGAGGGUUUUGUGGUGGGCCAUGCUCCAGGUCAUAUGUUAGUUUUGGACAGCACUCAAAUGUUCUGA